GCGGACUUAAAACAUGGAGAAGGCGGGCUCUGGCGCUGUGCUGUCGUCUUCUCGGCUGGAGACUUCGGGAUCUACAGAAGACCGGCUUUUUCUUGUCAAAGGUGGAAUUUUCUUAGGUACUGUUGCUGCAGCGGGAAUGCUGGCUGGAUUUGUUACAACAUUAUCAUUGGCUAAAAAGAAAAGCCCUGAAUGGUUCAAUAAGGGAAGUAUGGCCACAGCUGCCUUACCGGAGAGUGGGUCUUCCCUUGCCCUUCGAGCUCUGGGCUGGGGCUCACUUUAUGCGUGGUGUGGGGUUGGUAUGAUCAGCUUCGCAGUCUGGAAAGCUUUAGGAGUUCACAGUAUGAAAGACUUUCAAAGUAAAAUGCAAUCAAUUUUUCCAGCGAUUCCCAAGAACUCCAAAUCAGCUGUUGACUGGGAAGAAGCAUUGAAAUCUAAAUGAGUAUGGAUAAACUCCAAAACAAUUAUUACAGAAGGGGUGGUGCUGGAGACCAUGACAGCAAAAGGACUGGGAUAGAUUUCUCCUCAGGAGCUGGGUAGAUUCGUGACUGAACCCAUGGGAUGGACAGAAUUUGAUAUCCUCAUCAGAGGCGUGGGCACAUGUGUGGGCACAUGUGUGCACACACGUGCAUUUGUAUGUGUGUGCCUGUGUGUGUUGGGGGAGAGUAAGGUUUUCCCAAUGUUUAGGAGACUAUUUAAAAAUGUUAAUUACAGAUUUAACUUCCUUAUGUGAAGAAGAGCCCAGAGAAAAUGCUUCUGUUUAUGAUACUUAAAUCAAAUUUCAAUUGAAACCCAAGUUUUGUACCUUGAAAAAAAGGUUAUUGGCCUGUUUGCUGCCUAUGGCAAAUGUAUCUUGCUCUGUAAACCUAUCUUUCUCUUCUCUCCCUCAAUAAAUUUUGUCUUACACUUGAA